AGUAGUUAUCCAUACAUAGUUGUGUUUGGUCCUUUUAUUACAAAAAUUGUGGUCCUUUCGUAAGGUGUUGUGAUUGUGUGUAAAAAAAUUUUAGUUGUGGAGUCGACGGACAUGUCGCUGGAGCUUAAUAACUAAAAUAAAAACAAAAAAAAACAGUUGAAAUAAAAAGUGUUUAAAAUUAGAAGGACCAAAGAAGUGAACAAAAUGUUGGGCAAACAUUCCAAGUUAAUUUUCGCUGUGUCCAUGGGAUUCUUAGUGGUAGCUGUUAUAAUGGCGGCGUGGGGUUUUCAGAAAAUUGUUGACAAACAAAUACAGAGUAAUGUGCAGCUAGAGAACAAUUCAAUGAUGUUCGACAAAUGGCUGAAGCUGCCGAUGCCGUUGGACUUCAAAGUAUACGUGUUCAACGUCACAAACGUUGAAGAUGUGAACCGAGGGGAAAAACCGAUACUCAAUGAAAUUGGACCUUAUGUUUACAAGCAAUAUCGAGAGAGAACGAUUUUAGGGUACGGCCCAAAUGACACGAUCAAAUACAUGCUACGUAAACGCUUCGAGUUCGAUCCCGUGGCCUCAGGAGACCUCACAGAGGACGACGAGGUUACUGUCAUCAACUUUUCAUACUUGGCUGCCCUGCUAACAGUCCACGACAUGAUGCCAAGUUUCGUUGGAAUGGUCAACAAAGCGCUCGAGCAGUUCUUCCCAAGUCUGGAGGACGCCUUUCUAAGGGUCAAAGUGAGAGAUCUCUUCUUUGAUGGCAUCUACUUGAGCUGUGAUGGCGAUAAUGCUGCUUUGGGUCUUGUUUGUGGUAAAAUAAAGAGCGACACGCCUCCCACUAUGCGACCAGCUGAAGGAGCCAAUGGAUUCUAUUUUUCCAUGUUUUCACAUAUGAACCGCUCCGAAUCCGGGCCCUACGAGAUGGUUCGUGGUAGAGAGAAUGUGUAUGAACUUGGCAACAUUGUCUCCUACAAAGGACAGAAGGUCAUGCCGAUGUGGGGUGACAAAUACUGCGGACAAAUCAAUGGAUCUGACUCCUCAAUCUUCCCUCCAAUCAAGGAGGGUAAUGUGCCGAAAAAGUUAUACACUUUCGAACCUGAUAUCUGUAGGUCCGUCUAUGUGGAUUUAGUGGGCAAGAAAGAAAUCUUCAACAUCAGCGCAUAUUACUACGAGAUCUCGGAGUCAGCGUUUGCAGCGAAAAGUGCCAAUCCGAACAACAGAUGUUUUUGCAAAAAGAACUGGAGCGCAAACCAUGACGGUUGUCUUCUGAUGGGACUGCUGAACUUAAUGCCUUGUCAGGGCGCCCCAGCCAUUGCCUCUCUACCUCACUUCUUCCUUGGCUCCGAAGAACUUCUGGAGUACUUCGGAUCAGGCAUUAAACCUGACAAGGAGAAGCAUAACACUUACGUUUAUAUUGACCCGACUAGUGGCGUGGUUCUGUCUGGACUAAAAAGACUUCAGUUCAACAUAGAACUGCGCCAAAUUGACACAGUUACUCAACUGAAGAGAGUACCAACGGGUUUAUUCCCUAUGCUUUGGUUGGAAGAGGGGGCCACUAUACCAGCGUCAAUACAACAAGAACUUCGCGACUCGCACAAACUCCUAGGCUACGUGGAAAUAGCUCGAUGGUUCCUGCUGACGGUAGCCAUAAUAGCAGUUGUGACGUCAGCGGUAGCGGUCGCAAGAGCGAAUGCGCUACUCUCGUGGCCACGCAAUAGUAACUCAGUUAGCUUUAUUCUAGGACCUAGCGUUACUCAUGUAAAUAAAGGAAAUUGACGGUGC